UUUGUCGUCUCAUGCGAACAAAGCUAUCCAUUUUAACUGCCAGAAGCUCUAUUGUUGAACCAACAUUAUUGUUCAAAACCAGCUUCAAAACAUAAUUUGAGUGUGCAGAAGAACUUAACAUUGAAUUUAGAAGAUGAUCAUUGGUUAUUCAUAAGAAUGGUCUCGUCAUAAAACAAGAGUAUGGCAUAUGAAUAAAUGCAUUGAAGAAAUGAGCAGUAAUUAAUAGAAGUUUCUACAUAAGCUGUUAUAAAUUUUAAGGAAGAAAGUAAGAAUAGAUUCAAUUUCUGCUUUCUGGCAUUCUGAAUCAUUUUGAAGAAUUGCAAUUUAAACAUCCCCAAACAGUCAAGCCGAAACUAAUAAAAACAUUUCUUCGAUCAACUUGAUUGAUGUCACCAAGUGAACAAGCAAUGUCAAAGUCAUCGUCUUUGCCCUGGAAGACAUAACAACAAGUUGCACCAACUUGGAACCCAAAAAGUUUUCCAAACACUUGACCACCAGGAGAUUUUUCGACUCCUCACCGAUGAAAUUGAAACUUCCCUCCACCUGACUCUCAGUUACCUGUGGUACCUCGACCCAGGUACCCACAUUCACUCUGUUCCCGCUGGCGACCCCAGAAGUGGAUUCCAAAGUGUCUCUGGUCAGCGAGUUGUCAGCCCUGGGUCUGUCGUAUGAGCCGAGUGGAGGCGGAGGGCUGAGGUCGUCCAAGGUGGACACGCUCGUAGCCUGGAGAGGGCGAGGGGGCCGAUCCCUGCCCUUGCUCAGGAACGACGACAUGAAGAUGGUACAGUGUGCCGGUUGUGAGAGACCUAUCCUGGACAGAUUCCUGCUCAAUGUACUGGACAGGUCGUGGCACGCCAAGUGCGUGCAAUGUUGCGACUGCAAGUGCAAUCUAACUGAGAAAUGCUUCUCCAGGGAGGGCAAACUCUACUGCCGGACGGACUUUUUCAAGCGCUUCGGUACGAAGUGUUCGGGUUGCGCUCAAGGAAUUUCACCAACAGACCUUGUCCGCAGGGCGCGGAAUAAAGUGUUUCAUCUCAAGUGUUUUACAUGUCUGGUGUGUCGAAAGCAGUUGUCCACCGGCGAAGAACUCUACGUUCUCGACGAGAACAGGUUCAUCUGCAAGGAGGACUAUCUCAGCAGUAGGCAUAGCCAAGGUGUUCUGGCAGCUAGUUCCCCUUCAGACGGCAACGACCUCGAUGACCUCGGCGACGGCCUGGGUCCGGAUCCGGACGGUAGUGAGCGGGACUCGAGCGUGGAACGCGAUGGUGGACAUAACGGUGGACUGAACGGUGGUACAUCUACAGUGAGCAGUCCGACGGCCCCACCUACGACCGGACCCAUGCACCUGCAUCCCGCUGCCCCGCCCAACCCCGCCCCAUCUGGUGGUAACAGUGGCGGAGAAACCACGAACUCGUCCGGGUCCGCGGCUCAGACCAACGACGAAAACACUCCGGGUACGAAACGGCGUGGCCCCCGUACCACCAUCAAGGCCAAGCAGCUGGAGACCUUGAAGGCGGCCUUUGCGGCCACGCCCAAGCCAACCCGUCACAUCAGAGAACAGCUAGCACAGGAAACUGGACUCAAUAUGAGGGUGAUACAGGUAAAAGUGUCCUUAAGAUUCUUUACUAUACCUAAGGCAGUCCCAAGUAAUGACAAGACCUUUGCAUACUAUUCAGAUAAAGACACUUGUUCAAGAAAAUUCUCAUGUAUGCAAAAUGAAUGUUGUUCUUGGAUUACACUUCGAGAUCCUCCGCUCCUGCUUUGUAUGGGUACAAAAGGUAGUCAGUAUGAAGAAGCAAAUAAAUUACUGUCUCAGAAACCUAGAAGUUGCUAA